ACAGUGCUGACACCGGUGGAGGUGGCCAUCGAGGACAUGCAGAAGAAGACCCGAGAGCUGGCCUUUGCCACUGAGCAGGACCCACCGGACGCCAAGAUGCUGCAGAUGGUUCUGCAGGGCUCCGUGGGGCCCACCGUGAACCAGGGUCCCCUGGAGGUGGCCCAGGUGUUUCUGGCAGAGAUACCAGAAGACCCCAAGCUCUUCCGGCAUCACAACAAGCUUCGGCUCUGCUUCAAGGACUUCUGCAAGAAAUGUGAGGACGCACUGCGCAAGAACAAGGCCCUGAUCGGACCGGACCAGAAGGAGUACCACCGCGAGCUGGAGCGCAAUUACUGCCGCCUGCGGGAGGCGCUGCAGCCCCUGCUCACCCAGCGCCUGCCCCAGCUGCUGACACAACCGGCCACCAGCCUCAGGAACUCCCUGAACAGAGCCAGCUUCCGGAAGGCAGACGUCUGAAUCCACAGGGCCUGAAGACACUCCCGGAGAAACUAGCCUCCAGGCUGGGCUGUCUGUGCCCUCCUGGUAGUGCACCGCGCUACCCACUGGGUGUGGGGUGACCACACUCCUCGGGCUGGGCCUCCUUCCCUCUGACUCCUCCUGUCCGUGUGCACUGAUGCUGCCUCCCUUUUUUAAUUUAAAUGGUUUUUAUAAACAACCCAGGCGUGUGGUGUGUCACCCGGA